UCAUUCCUGUUGAUGAUUCCGUCUUUUGGAUUUCAAACAGCCAUCGGUACUAUCCAGGACUAUGUUGGCACGCAUCAACUGUCCACCUACAGCACCAGUGAUAUCGGCUGGAUCUUUGCUGUUUUGCCGUUCCUGACUCUGUUCAUUGGAGUCCAAGUUGGACCGUUGUUUGAUCGAUAUGGACCACGGCUGCUCCUGCUUUGUGGCUGCACGGCCAGUUUCUUAUCCCACCUGCUUCUGGCGCAAUGUUCCAGAUACUGGCAUUUCAUUCUGUGUCUCAGUCUCUGUCAGGGUCUUGGAUCUGCUAUCGUCUCGACUGUCGCCAUCGCAGCGCUCAGUCACUGGUUCAACAAGCGAAGAGGCUUUGCAUCUGGAGUCUGCAUGGGUGGUUCGUCCUUUGGAGGCGCUAUUCUGCCUAUAUCAUUGCGAUAUCUUUUCCCGACCUGUGGAUGGAUGUGGUCGAUCCGCAUUAUUGCUUUGAUAUCACUGAUCUGUUACUCUGUUGGCAUCUUUCUGGUCAAGGCUCGACUAUCCCCAGGGGAAAGCGUGGGAAAAGCAACAAUCGAUGUCCGCGCGUUUGCUUCUGCCCGAUUCUCAUUCCUGACUGUCGCGGUCUUUUCGUUUGAGUUCAUUAUUUUCGGCUGUGCGGCUUUGCUGCCCACAUACGUUCGCUAUGCUGGCUUUUCGUCUGAUACGCAAUUCUACUCUCUCACGGUGCUGAACAGUUGCAGCUUCCUGGGAAGAACGAUCCCGGGCUUACUUGCAGAUAAAAUCGGGCGUUUUAACAUCCUCAGCGUUUUGGUGGUGACUACAUUGGGCAUUAUGGCUGGGGUGUGGCUACCAGUAGGAUCCAGCAGUGAAGUCACACUCUACGUUGUCGUCGCCAUCUUUGGAUUUGGAUCAGGGGGCUUUAUAUCCCUUGCGCCUGUCUGUGCAGGGCAGCUGUGCUCGACCAGCGAAUAUGGACGGUACUACGGGACGAUCUAUUCGGUUGCUGCGUUUGGAGCAUUGUUGACGACGCCAAUCGGAGGACAGCUGUUGCAGUCGACAACACCACAUGUCUUGAUAGGCUUUUAUUCAGCAGUGCUGGUGGUUGGACUGGCGUGUCUGUCUGUGUCGAGAUGGGCGUUGCUGGAUUGGAAAUGGCAGUGGAAGGUGAAGGUAUAGGAAGUGCAUAUCUCCAUUCUUGUUGACACAAGUUGAAUAAUAUGUACUUUGACAAUAUUCUCAUUUUCGAUGUUUCCACAUCAAUCCUGGCAAUCUGCACUGAGUACAGCGCAAUAUUGCAUAGGAACUGAAGAGCCGGCAUUCUUCCCAUCUCACGGCGUCGGCAUCUCGGCUUCUAUCCCUUAAAAGCUAUAUAGGAUGCAGAUUUAUUCAGUCUCGGAUAAAUACUCUUCCUCUUGGAUGGUAGCAUACGCGUACUCUAUCAUACCGUCGAGUCGCCGGUGACCCACCUACCACGCAGCUCCAUUGCAUGGGCUUUCUUUGUUUAUUUUUUAUGGGGAGC